AUGGACUUUGAAUUCCUGAUUCCAGAAGUCGCACGAUUGCGGGUCCACAUUUCCCAACGCAGCAACUUCAAGUACGUUAAGACCGUGAUAGACCAUUUUGACGAGCGGCAACGCGAGGACUUUCGCAACUUUCCCCUUGGGUAUCUGGCUGAUGUUCCAGACAUUCAAUUCUCUGUCCAACUAAUCCAACAGCUAGUGUUUAGAAUAGUCUACACAGAAAAGUACGCUGCUGUGACGGGGUUAAGAUGCGGUUUAUUCCCGAAGGGGGACGAUUUCGAUCGGUUGAUUGAGAGGAAAAUGUUGAAAGAAAGGUACUUUAAGUCCAAUGAUAAGAUAUCAUUGGCACAACUACAGUCUAAUGUUGCUCGACCAUCGACAACCCGUGUUGAUUGCUACAAGCUAGGGCUGGUUCUAAAUGUCGAGGAAGUUUUCAAUGCUCCGGAUAAUAAUGUCAGUAUCCAUUUGCCGACACUAUCAAUGAUCGACGACCUGAACUUCUCUUUUUCCUACCCUUGGGGUAGAGUUGGAUAUAGGCAAUUAUUGCACGGGUUUCGUAGUAGCUUUGCAAGAAAAUUCCAAAAGGCCAAGAGGAGGAAGGAGAAAGAGAUUACAUGCACGGUGCACGGCUUCCCCCAUUGCCAUACAGGUUUGGGCGUACGAGGUGAUUCCGGAGAUUGGGGAACACUUCAGUCAGUGAGUCGGUGA